UGAAAACUUCUCGUUCAAUUCUAUUAUUGUAAUAGAAAAGGAAAAGGAAUUUGACAACCAAUGAGUAAAAAAUACGAUAAAAUUUAACAGAAAAGUAAAAUUCCGAUAUUUUUUGAUUUUAAUGUGUUCUUUCGACUUUAUGGCGUUUACGUCUUGAUUGGUGGCUUAAGUUUUCGAAAGCUUCAGUGAUAUACCGCAACGAGAAUCUUUUAUACAACCAUUAGUUUUACAACGUGCUCGAAUAAAAUUUAAACAUUAAGAAUGUUGAAUACGCCGGGUGAUGCAAAGGUUUGUGGACAUCAAAGAGUUCCCUCCGAUUCGAAAGAAUUUCUUGAAGUCACUAAGCGAGAUGCGUUAAGGCUUUUGGAAAAUGAUUUAGAUCGAUUGCUGCUCUCAGCAAUGCCAGAGAGACGAGCUUCGUUGCAACAGGAAAUGGCUCGUUUUGUAGAUUUAUUUAGGCGGUUUCUACAAGAAGAGGGUCCUUCAAUUGAUUGGGAUAAGAUACAAAAGUUACCAGAAAAUGCAGUUAUGGAUUAUAGCAAAUUAAAAUCUCCCAAUACUGAUAAAGUGCAAAUGAUGCUCGAUAAAUUGGUGGUUGUAAAGCUUAAUGGUGGUUUGGGUACAUCGAUGGGUUGCCACGGACCGAAAAGUGUGAUACCAGUGCGGUCAGAUCUUACAUUUCUCGAUUUGACCGUACAACAAAUUGAGCACCUGAAUAAAACCUACAAUGCCAAUGUACCGCUUGUACUAAUGAAUUCUUUCAACACAGACGAGGAUACUGAAAAAAUUAUACGUAAAUAUAAAGGUUUUCGAGUGCAAAUAUAUACGUUUAAUCAAAGUUGUUUUCCUCGCAUAUGUCGCGAAUCAUUUUUGCCGAUUGCGAAGGAUUGUAACGUAGAUAAGGACAUUGAAGCUUGGUAUCCACCCGGUCAUGGGGACUUUUACGACACCUUCCGUAAUUCUGAUUUGCUUAAGCAAUUUAUAGAUGAAGGCCGUGAAUAUUGCUUUUUAUCUAACAUUGAUAAUCUUGGCGCUACUGUUGAUCUGAAUAUUUUAAAUAAAUUAGUGGGUGAAGAGUGCUUAGACAAGCCCGUCGAAUUUGUUAUGGAAGUUACUGAUAAGACCAGAGCUGAUGUUAAGGGUGGCACACUUAUCCAAUUUGAGAAUAAAUUGCGUUUGCUUGAAAUCGCUCAGGUCCCUAAAGAACGUGUUGAUGAAUUUAAGUCGGUAAAAACCUUCAAAUUUUUCAACACCAAUAACAUAUGGGCUAAAUUGGAUGCCAUCGAUCGGGUUUGUCGUCAUCAUACCUUGAACAUGGAAAUCAUUGUUAAUAAUAAAACGCUUGAAAAUGGUUUGCGCGUAGUUCAAUUGGAGACAGCUGUGGGCGCUGCCAUGAAAUGCUUCGACGGUUCUAUUGGCAUUAAUGUUCCUCGCUCUCGCUUUUUGCCCGUGAAAAAGACGUCAGAUUUGUUUCUCGUCAUGUCGAAUUUGUAUAAUUUGAAAAAUGGAAGUUUGGUUAUGUCGCCGCAACGUAUGUUUCCUACCACUCCGCUCGUGAAAUUGGGUGAAAAUCAUUUUGGAAAAGUCAAAGAAUUCUUAGGGCGUUUUGCUAAUAUCCCGGAUAUCAUUGAAUUAGACCAUUUGACCGUAUCGGGUGAUGUCACGUUCGGCCGUGGUGUAUCACUCAGGGGCACUGUUAUUAUUAUUGCUAAUCACGGUGAUCGUAUUGAUAUACCUGCUGGUGCUAUUUUGGAAAAUAAAAUUGUUUCGGGCAACAUGCGUAUUUUGGAUCAUUAAUCCUGUUCUGAUUUUAAUUUUUCGUUUAAAUUUUCAAUUUUGUUAAAAUUU